AUGACGUCACCUCUGCACACGGCACGCGAUGACGUCACCUCUGCACACGUCUCCUCCACCUCUUCCUUCUACUUCAUCCACUACUCUCCCUACUUCACCUACUACUCUCCCUACUCCCCCUACUUCACCUACUACUCUCCCUAUUCCCCCUACUUCACCUACUACUCUCCCUACUCCCCCUACUUCACCUACUACUCUCCCUACUCCCCCUACUUCACCUACUACUCUCCCUACUCCCCCUACUUCACCUACUACUCUCCCUACUGCUCCUACUCCAAGCUGAGCGGAGCGCCGCGUUCAAACAGGUCAUUUGAAUACAGCCAAACGAUGAUGAGAAUCGUGGAGCAGUUAAUGCCCCAGUGGGUGCAAAUGUGGAAAUGCAACACUCGCCCCAAAACAGGCAACACUCGCCCCAAAACAGGCAACACUCGCCCCAAAACAGGCAACACUCGCCCCAAAACAGGCAACACUCGCCCCAAAACAGGCAACACUCGCCUCAAAACAGGCAACACUCGCACCGAAACAGGCAACACUCGCCCCAAAACAGGCAACACUCGCCCCAAAACAGGCAACACUCGCCCCAAAACAGGCAACACUCGCCCCAAAACAGGCAACACUCGCCCCAAAACAGGCAACACUCGCCCCAAAACAGGCAACACUCGCCCCAAAACAGGCAACACUCGCCUCAAAACAGGCAACACUCGCACCGAAACAGGCAACACUCGCCCCAAAACAGGCAACACUCGCCCCAAAACAGGCAACACUCGCCCCAAAACAGGCAACACUCGCCCCAAAACAGGCAACACUCGCCCCAAAACAGGCAACACUCGCCCCAAAACAGGCAACACUCGCCCCAAAACAGGCAACACUCGCCCCAAAACAGGCAACACUCGCCCCAAAACAGGCAACACUCGCCCCAAAACAGGCAACACUCGCCCCAAAACAGGCAACACUCGCACCAAAACAGGCAACACUCGCCCCAAAACAGGCAACACUCGCCCCAAAACAGGCAACACUCGCCCCAAAACAGGCAACACUCGCCCCAAAACAGGCAACACUCGCCCCAAAACAGGCAACACUCGCACCAAAACAGGCAACACUCGCCCCAAAACAGGCAACACUCGCCCCAAAACAGGCAACACUCGCCCCAAAACAGGCAACACUCGCCCCAAAACAGGCAACACUCGCCCCAAAACAGGCAACACUCGCCCCAAAACAGGCAACACUCGCCCCAAAACAGGCAACACUCGCCCCAAAACAGGCAACACUCGCCCCAAAACAGGCAACACUCGCCCCAAAACAGGCAACACUCGCCCCAAAACAGGCAACACUCGCCCCAAAACAGGCAACACUCGCACCGAAACAAGCUACACCAAUGACACGCUGGGAGAGCGCAAGAACAUAAUUGUAUUUACACGC